UGGAAAAGGUACCAGGGGCAUCUCCUGGGGCCCCCUACUGACCCCGGGCCCUCAAGCAGUGCCCGAGUUUCCAAAUGGAGUCACAUCGCUAUGGCACAGAGAGCAGUCCAUAAAUGUGACCUGAGCUGUGCAUGCAAGUGUACAAUCCAAACGCACACGUUCCUGCGUUAAAAAUGGCCGUGUGUAUAAGUAGGUGCUGCAGCGACCGUCGGCUGGAACCGAACAGAAUCGGCAAGGGAGAAUGUCACCAGCACACCGAGGAUCACUAAUAUGGGUCCAAAAGUUUUAA